AUGCAAAGAAGAGGCGGUUCGCCCGGACUUGGCCUCGGUUUUUCACCGCCGGCCGUUUCGCCGCGGAAAGCGAAGCUCGGCGUCCGGCGUCUUGGUUCCAACCGGUGCCAUCGCUUCCUCGGACUAGGAGUCUCGUUCGUCAGCCGAGGUCAUCGCCGCCGUUACUAUUCACUCGGCAGAGCGAAUAUCGAACUUCUUACUACUUUGUAUCUACGAUUCGCCUCUGGAAAUUCGGCGACGGCAGCAGCGUCUGACGAAUCUGUGUGUUCUUACGAAAGCAUUUGCUAA